CAAUAGUUGGUAGUUAUGGCUAACGUCGAUAAAUACGAUAACUUUCUCUCAACUCUCCACGGAACAUCGUCCAGCUCAUGGACUGAAGCUCAGGAAUCUUCAUUGCUUGAACCAUACAACUACAUCACUGCUAACCCGGGCAAAGAAAUCCGGGGAAAGCUUGUCGAAAGUUUCAACCUCUGGCUCAAUGUUCCCAAGGAUAAGCUUGCGGUCAUUAACCGCGUAGUUGGUCUUCUCCACAAUGGCAGUCCUCUUGAUUGAUGACAUCGAAGAUGACUCUCAGCUGAGACGUGGAAUCCCAGUCGCCCACAAAAUAUAUGGUGUUCCUCAGACCAUCAAUACUGCCAAUUACGUCUACUUCUUGGCCUACCAAGAGCUGUCUGCUCUGAGGCCGACUGUUCAGCGUCGUGCUACCAUCUCGAGCUCGAGUUCAGACAGUGGGCUCGGCGAUGACAGUCCGGCUGCUGAGAAGGCUGAUUUCCCUGACCGCAUCAUUCCUAAUCAUGACCUGGACAUCGUGGUGACUGGUGAGCUCAUGUCACUCCACCGUGGGCAGGGCAUGGACAUUCUCUGGCGUGACACCCUGCGCUGUCCCACAGAAGAUGAAUAUGUGGAUAUGGUGAAAGCUAAAACGGGUGGUCUCCUCAGGAUUGCUGUCAAACUUAUGAUGGCAUGUGCCACGACAAACACGAAUGUUGACUACAUCCCUUUGACGGACCUCAUUGGGGUUCAUUUCCAGAUACGUGAUGAUUACAUGAAUCUCCAGAGCAGCCAGUACACGGACAACAAGGGCUUCGCGGAAGAUUUGUCGGAAGGAAAAUUCUCCUUCCCCAUAGUUCACGGUAUUCUGGAACAGCCCGAUAACCGCCAGAUCAUGAAUGUCUUGCAAAAGCGUCCCAAGACCCCUACCCUUAAGCACCACACCAUCAACUACCUCAGGGACACUACGAAGUCGUUUGACUACACUCUGGCUGUGCUCAGAAAGUUGGAACGACAGGGUAGAGCAGAAAUUGCGAGAUUGGGUGGAAAUCCGAUGUUGUCUGCGAUUAUGGAUAAGCUUUCUGUCGAUGUAUAAAACACGACGUCUUUGAUCGAUAUGUUGUAAUAUCAUACUUGUGGCAGUCUCACAUAGAUCAUAUGCAUUGUAGUACUUUAGAGGCAAUUAUUGA